AGCCUUCUCCUAUCUCAUAAGACAUGCUAUCUCUGGGCAACUGAAUGAGGCUCUAUGAAUCAAAUGACGCCGAUACAGCUUCUCCUUGAGUCCUUCUCAAUCGUUCGCACUGUGGCCGACUCUUUUCAAGACGGUGAAAAUCACAAGUUGGGAAAGUUUUUCGGGCACCUCAACGCCUAUAGCUUUCUUAUGACAGAGCACCUCUUGCCUUUCCAACACCAGACUCCCGAAUUGAGCGUCGAACUUGAGCGGCUGAUUCACACCGUUCUGAACAAGCUGACAGCCUUCCUACGAUCUCCAGUCUUACCCGAAUUCGAGUCCGCCCUUCCACCGUCCACUCGGUUUCGGAAACUGACAGCGCUGGUCCGGUACUGGGAGUUGCCCGAAAAUGAGAAUGAUAGGCUGCUUUACCGAAGAGAUGAACUGAUCCUAUUGCUCCGGGGAUGCGUUGCGACGUUGCAGUCACAGCUCUCCAAGGAGCCACCCAUUAGAGAGCAUCGCACUUUACGGAGGAGGAGGAGCAAGCCUUGCUCCGUUUGGAUGGGCGCAGACACGGUCUUCCAGGCGCUCUUUACUUCAUCUAGAGCGUGCUCCCAGAUCCAUACCCACGAAUCCGCAGCCAGACUCCGACUGGCAACGCAUAGGAAACACGACGAGGAUCAGUAUAAAUUCGAGACAUUGGUCUCUCUCAACCUGACUUGCCAUAUUUGGCAAGAGACUCACAUCCGCACCACCCUCCUCCCUAGUUCUUCGAAGAAAAAAAAAGCAGGUGUUAAAUUUUGCUUGACAGAGAACAACGAAAACAGUGCCGAGAAGCACAAAAGACCUCGGCUGUCAGUGAUGGGGCUGUGCGAACAAAUCGAGAAGCUGAAGUCCAAGAGGCCAUUGAUGCGCUUGAAUCUUUCUAUCGAAGAUGGCAGACUUUGGAAGGAUCAGUCCAGUCAGAUUGAGCAUCCCAUAAACCGGACUAUCCCCCAGAUCUCUCUCAAAGACAUCAUCAAAUACCGGCCGACAUGCCUAACGGAGAAGGUAAAGCGUGUUCUAGCCGUCUUGCUCGCGUAUUCCGUCUUACAUCUCCAUGGCACGCCAUGGUUGCGGUCCACGAAUUUUCACCCCGAUAAAAUUUUCUUCUUCGCCACCUCCGCGACGAUCCCGCUAAAACCAUACAUUCACACAGACCUAGAUGAGCCACUUGACGGCUGCGUGAAUACCGAUGAAGACAAAGAAGUUGACCCGGAUGACCUACCAUCGCACCCCUAUCCGGAUAUAGUUAUGCUAGCUAUCAUGCUUAUUGAACUUUAUGUUACACAGCCGCUGCAGUCCUUGGCCCGCGAAUUUGAGAUGCAGUGCGAGGAUUGGGCGAUCGUCGAUGAUAACACGCGAUACUCGAUUGCCAUCGCUGCUUUUGACAAAUUAAAGGCCGACUUCCCAGACAAUUACCGAGAGGCAGUGGACAGGUGCCUUGAUCCAAAUAUUGGGCUUGGCCCGAAUGAUGACGAACUCAGCGAACAAGAUUUUAAGCGCUUGAUUUAUGAUGAUAUUGUCCAACCUCUCGAGGACGAGCUUGACCAAGGCUUUGGAAACACUGUCCACAUCGAUAGAUUAGACGAGAUUGCACAGACCAUGGACCUUAGUACAUGGGGACAGAUGCGACCCACUAAAUGCCCCUUACCAGAGUCGACUGCGCCCCCCCCUUCAAAUCCCGAUGCUCCAACCAUUCAAGGGAGCAAAUCCUUAUCGCAAAUGUGUAUCUCUUGGACUUCCUUGGCAGGCACAAUGCCUAACACUCGUAGCCACCGUGAUUAUACAGUGGGGUGGGUUUGUGCACUGCCGAGAGAGCUUGCCGCCGCGCAGGCGAUCCUGGAUGAGAUUCAUCUCCCCUUACCUCAAGUUUCAUCUGACCAAAACAAUUAUACUUUCGGUCGAAUAGGCCCGCACAAUAUUGUCAUGGCGUGUCUCCCAGCUGGAGUUACAGGCACGGUGUCCGCGGCUAGAGUUGCGAAUAACAUGAUGGCUACCUUCCUAUCGCUGAAAUUUGGCUUGAUGGUGGGUAUCGGCGGCGGCGUCCCUGGUCAAAAAGACAUUCGUCUUGGAGAUGUCGUCGUCGGGGAGCCGUUUGGGCCAUUCGGGGGCGUAAUUCAGUAUGACUUCGGUAAGACCGUACAGAACAGUGACUUCCGCCGCACAGGGUCUCUCAAUCGGCCGCCCGAUGUGCUCUUGACCGCUGUCUCCCGACUCAAAGCAGAUCAUCUUCGGAAACAACCGAGCUUGGAGCGCUAUAUCACGGAGAUGCUUGAGAAAUAUCCAGAUUUAAUCGCGGAAUACUCGCAUCCGGGUGUGGAGAACGACAUUCUCUUUGCAAGCGAGUACGAUCAUGUUCCUAUUGAUGAUCGCAGUACCUGCGAUCGAUGUGAUCCUUCGAAGGUGAUCCAACGCCAACCGAGGACUUCGCAUGCUGCCCUCAUACAUUACGGUCUUAUUGCAUCCGGUAAUAAGUUGAUAAGAGACGGAAAGACUCGCGAAAAACUGCGCAAAGAACUUGAUGUCAUCUGUUUCGAGAUGGAAGCCGCCGGAAUUAUUGAUGUGUUUCCAUGCCUGGUGAUUCGAGGUAUCUGCGACUAUGCUGACACGCAUAAGAACAAGGUAUGGCAAGGAUAUGCAGCUGCAACUGCCGCUGCUUAUGCGAAAGAGCUCCUGAGCGUGAUUUCCGGGAGUCAAUCGGAUAACGCCCACCGACUGGAGAGUAUCCGGCCGUGAGCCCGCAGCCUCCCAACAUAUUCGAGAGUUCUAUCCACUCCCCCAUCCUAUCCCAGGGCCUCAAAAAGGCAUUAAGUCCUUUCAAGUCGAACACACACUGAAAUGUACGCUUUACUCAGACGGAGCAGUUCCUUGGACGACCGCGGUUCUUCCCGGGGGAACACGGGCACGAUAGGACCGGUCAACCCGCUUACAGCUUACGCAAUAGCCGAUUAUUUUCCUUCAUGCGAUGCGUCCAACCUCAUGUUUAGGAACAGGG